GGCGCGACGCGAGGUGCCGUAACGGGCGUGUGUUCGCAGGACAUGUCGUGGCGCGCGCGCGAGGCCGGCUCGCGCUGGGGCGAGGCCGAGGCGCGCUGGGAGGCGCGCGCGCGCUCGCCCGCCUGGGACGCGCGCCGCAGCCCCGAGCGGCCCGAGCGGCCCGAGCGGCCCGAACGGCCCGAACGGCCCGAGCGCCGCGAGCGCCACGAGCGCCGCUACGAGCGCUCGCCCGAGCGCGACGGCCGCGAGCGCCGCGAGCGCUACGAGCGCGACGCCGACCGCUUCGGGCGCGCCCGCGAGCGCUACGACCGCUCGCGCGAGCGGCGCCGCUCGCCCCGGCGCCACGACGAGCGCGACGUGCCCAGCGCCCCCUCCCCGCCCACCAUCAGCGACGCCGACGCGCGCUCGCGCUCCGCCAGCCGCAGCCCCGACGACCGGCGCGAGCGGCACGACGACGGCCCGGCCGUCAACGCCUCCCCGGGGGAUUGGUUCUGCAAGUGUGGCUCGUACAACUUCAAGCGCCGCCAGGUGUGCUACCGCCGCAACUGCCAGGGCCAGCGCUCCGAGGGCGCGGUGUACGGCGGGGACGGCGACAGGACCUGCCCGGCGGAGGCCGGGGCGGGCAUCACCAAGCGGCUGCUCUUUAGGAGGUUGGACGCUCUGACCACCGAGGAGAAAAUAUUAGACGCGUUGAAGGAGAGAUGUUCCAAGUCCGUUUUGGAUUCCAUAGCGGGUAUUACGAUAGGUCGCGAGACGUUGACGGGUGCUUCCAAAUGUUUGGCGUAUAUUAAUUUCAAUUCUAUUGCUGAUUCCACGGCCGCUCACUCGGAAUUGCUGUCCUUGCAUCCUCCUCUAGAAAUUGAUAAUAGGGAAGUUUUAAUUUCAUUUUACAAUGAACCGCAAAAGAUACAGAAACCCGUUUCUGCCACUGCGGCAGACUACACCGCUUAUUAUGCUCAAAUGGCAAAUUACACUGCUGCACAACAGUCUUUGUCGGAAGCUGACCGUGUCAACGCGGCGGCUGCCGUAGCGCAGUCGGCUAUUUCUGCGGCCCAAGCCCGCAAUAUGUCUUGGACGCCUGUAGCUGCUCCCACUUUCGUAGCUUCCGCCUCCCAGGCUGCUCCUACUGUUAAAGUCCCCACGGGUGACGGCAAAACGACUUACACUGCCCCCGAUGUUCGUACCUUCAUGUAUGAUGAAACAUCAGGGUAUUAUUAUGACCCAGCAACAGGAUUGUACUAUGACGGGAAUACUCAAUACUUCUACAACAGUCAGGUCAAUACAUAUAUGUAUUGGGACGCCUCCUCCUCCACUUAUAUUGCUGCCACUCAAGCCCAGCAGAAUACUGAACAACCUAAGUUGCCCAACCCUCCACAAGCUACUGUUGAAAAUACAAUAGCAAAGGAACCUGAGGAGAAGAAAAAAAAAGAGAAAGAGGACAAAGUAAAAGUAGCUAAAAAGAUAGCUAAAGACAUGGAGAGAUGGGCUCGGACUCUCAACCAAAAGAAAGAAAAUGCCCGCAGUAACAUAGUGAUGGAACAGCCACUUGACACGGGUGCUAGCAAAGGAUCAGCAGACAUUGGCUUCUCUGUUCUUGGUGCAGGGCCAUCUUUACCACAAACUGGUCACGUUAGAGAGCUUUCACCGCCUCCUAUUGGAGAUGAUUUCCUCAUGAAGAAAACUGCUAUUGAACCAAUGUCAAUCGAAAACGAUGAAGGUAUCAUUGACUGGCCUAAACUAACCUGUCUCCUCUGUAAGCGCAAAUUCCCUUCAGCUGAUGUGCUGACCAAACAUAAGACAUUAUCUGAUUUGCACAAACAAAACUUAGUGGAACAUAGAAAGAAAGAGGAAUUAUUGCCACAGACUAAUGGUUAUAGAGAUAGGGCAGCUGAGAGGCGGAUGAAGUUUGGUGAAGAUGAGCCUAUUAUGCGUAAGAGGUACGAGCCACCUGAAGUUAUGCCACCUCCAAUGCCUACGGCGCCUCCUCCAUCUGUUGUAGAUACUAUAGGAGGAAAAAUGCUACAGAAAAUGGGCUGGUCAGAAGGCCGAGGGCUCGGCAAGACAGAGCAAGGCAGGAUAGCGCCCAUUGAAGCUGAACAGAGACCGGCAUUGGUUGGUCUUGGUCAAAAAAGAGGCAUCUACACACCAACUCCUGGGGAGACGUACAGAGACACAGUGAAAAAGCUCAUGAUAGCGAGAUAUAAGGAAGUGGUGGGGCAGGAGGAGGGGAACAAAUAGAUGUGGGCGCCAAAUCGUAGAGGCCUGCCUUAGACGCGCGUCAUACUAGGGGUGAGUAGAUGACACAAAUACUUAAGUUGCUAACCCCGCUCUUUUCACAGGUUUCAAACAGGUUAUAUGUAUGCGACAAUUUAUAUGAACGAGUGAAAGCACCUCGUUUUGGAGAAAGCUAACACUGAUAAUCUUUUCAUCGCCAUGGCACAUUUUUCAGUUCUUUAAUCACUGCAAGUAAGUUAUUUAAACCCUCUUGUGGGGAGAUGUUUUCAGGAUUUGUUUUUAGAUAACGUACAGACUUUUCCCUUUUUUACAAAAUUGUUCCCAAUUAUUUUGGCAAUCCUUUCAAAAAAUUAGGACUAUUGGGGAUUUUUUUAGUUUAGCUGCAGAAGGAAGCGUUAACGCUCAAAGAACAUUGAGACUUUACAACAAGCUGUGAUAAACACUGUGAUACUUAGUGUUGUGACUUGAAGAAACGGUGAAUUCGUUGUGGAUAAUAUUAGUAUGGUUACUGACGAUUCUGACCUUGUCUUACAGAGUCGCGCCAACGUCGGACAGCGUGCCAAUCUUGUUAUUGUAGGUGUAAACUAGCUUCGAAAACAACAAACUACUUUGUGACGUUUCUGACGAAAGGCCCCACUUUUGCGAUUCCAAGUUCAGCUUGUAGUCUACACACUACGAUGACCAAGCAAAGUGGACCUUUUUUAAGAUUUCGUGGCAUUUAAAUGUAGUGAGUGUAGUAAUGUACGAACUACGUGCAGUUUUUGUACUAGUUGUCCCAAUCAUGUCAACUCUUCAAUCAAAAUUUUUAUUCAUUCGUUUUGUUAAACUUUAAAUAUAGUGGACAUUUUUCAAUAAAAAUGUUAGUUGGAGUAUAUUUUCAGAAAGUGAAAUUAUUUAAUUUAGUUUUUUGAGUUACAUAAAUCAUAAUUUAUUAUUUUAUAUUUCCAAAAGACAUUGAGGUAAUUGUGAAUGUGUGUAAUUGUGAAUGUUUGUUUCGUUAAUUUUUAGUUUUAAAGAACAAACAGUUGUUGCAUUUAAUUAGGACCACAAUUCUCAAGAUCACAAUGAAUUAGUUUAAAAUUAGCAUUUUGGAAAGUUGUAUGGAUAAACCACAAAUUAGUGAUUUUUAAGGAUGUAAGGGAAAUAUAGUAUAAUUCUCUUGUGUGGAAUACAAACAAGUUCCCUCAGUCGAGACUGUAACAAACCUUAGUCUUGCUUGUAUUGUCAAAACUUCAUUCAAAUUCUUAAAUUUACUCAAGUGAGUAAAUUUAGCGUAAGUACGCAUUUUCCAUAAGUUUAAAGAAAGUAAUGUUACCUCGUAAUCAUCAAAAAAGAAAAAAUAUCUGUCUUC